AUUUGAUUGAUACACGUAACAUUACACUCUCAAUUUCUUCAUUUAAAUUCUCGCUUGCAUCUCUUGAUUGCAAUCAAUCUACCAACAGACUGCCGCCACACUCACCGAUACCGCCGAGGCAACACUGAAGAUGUUACCCCUUAAUACAAUCGAGGAGGCUACUACAUUCCUCGGACGGAACUUGACGGUGGCCGAGACACUAUGGUUUAAUUACUCGGCUCAAAAAUCAGAUUACUAUCUUUACUGCCACAACAUUUUGUUUUUAUUCCUCAUAUUUACUUUUGUGCCUUUGCCGCUUGUUUUCGUUGAGACGAUGAGAUCUCUGGGUUUCCUUAAGUACAAUAUUCAGCCCAAAGUUAAGACGUCCUUAUCUGAGAUGUUCAGGUGUUAUAAAGAUGUUAUGCGGAUGUUUGUUCUUCUUGUGGGUCCUUUGCAGUUAUCAUCUUAUCCUUCAAUUAAGAUGAUUGGGAUUCGAACAGGGCUGCCAUUGCCAUCAAUGUGGGAGAUACUGGCGCAAUUGACGGUAUAUUUCAUGAUAGAAGAUUACACCAAUUACUGGAUUCACAGGUUCCUGCAUGGGAAAUGGGGGUAUGAGAAUAUUCACCGGGUUCACCAUGAAUACUCUGCUCCCAUUGGGUUUGCUGCACCCUACGCACAUUGGCUUGAAGUUUUGAUCCUUGGGAUUCCAACUUUUCUUGGACCAGCUAUUGUUCCAGGGCAUAUGAUCACCUUUUGGUUGUGGAUUGCUUUAAGGCAAAUUGAAGCUAUAGAGACACACAGUGGAUAUGAUUUCCCCUGGACUCCCACAAAAUAUAUCCCAUUUUACGGUGGUGCAGAUUACCAUGAUUACCACCAUUAUGUUGGACAACAAAGCCAGAGCAAUUUUGCUUCGGUGUUUACUUAUUGCGAUUAUAUCUAUGGCACUGACAAGGGCUACCGCUACCAUAAGAAGGUCCUAAGGAAGGUGUCGCUUUGUAGAAGUGAGUAAACAGUGAGUCUUGGGGGUGGGGGUAGUUCCAUUUCAGCGAUGAUCCCAUCACUGGUUCAUUAUUGUUUGUCACUAAUGCUGAAUUGUGCAACUGCAUAUAAACUGUGUUUUGAGAUUAAAUUGCAGAGUCAACAAGAACUAAUUUCCAGGUCUUUAGUUUUAAGCAAUCCAGCCCAAGGCCCUUUUUUUAAGAGAUCUCCACUGAUUUAAUCUCGAUGGCGCAGCUGGUUCUGUUGAUUUGACAAAGAAUUAAUCUUAGUUGCUACAAAUGAAUACAUGUCAUUUAUACAAACAAGCCUGUCUAACUCAGUCGGUAGAGCGCAAGGUUAUUAACUUUGUGGUCGUACGGUGGGUUGCAACUUUAUUUGUCAUAUUACUUUUAUGUAAUUAUUUUUAAUAAAUAGAAAAAAAUUUGCAAACCUGGCCCGUCUAGCUCAGUCGGUAGAGCGCAAGGCUCUUAACCUUGUGGUCGUGGGUUCGAGCCCCACGGUGGGCGUGUUGGUUCUUUUUUACAAAUGCUGUAUUAUUUCGUUCACAACCUAAAUCCCUUUUA